UUGUGACGGGCCAACCUAAACUCGCACUAGCAAUCAAAGACUGAAUUGGCAUGUCCAUCCUCCUCUACUCGCGCCCUUUCGUCCUCCGCCCACCCGCAAUCGUCCUUCUGCUCUCUCUCUCUCUCUCUCAUGGCUGAGGUCGCCGACCUCUUCUUUCUCCCCUUUGAUGAGAUCUACGGCGAGGAACAAGUCGACGAUCAAGAUUACUACUACCACAACGAAACCUUAGAUCUCGUCGCUCUCGAUUCCUCCGCCUUCCCCGUCCUCGACUCCGCCGACGACAUGGGAUCCGACUACCUCGGCAUCGGCCUAGGGUUAGGCGGGUUUGCUUACGAAGCCCGCCGCUCUUUCGCCCCUCCCGCCUCCCUGCGCGAGCCCCUCGAUCCCUGCGCGGGCGAGGGCGAGGGGCUGCGGGUGGUCGUCGGAUUCGAUUCGGAUUCGGAUUCGGUCGUCAGCUUGAACGCCGGCGGUCCAGAGUCGCCGCUGUGCUGGAACAGCCUCCGGAUCGACGAGGAACGGGCUACCGACCGCGCGGAGGAACUGGAUUGGGAGGAGGUCGAUGGCGGGCAUGCCUAUGAUAGGGAGGUGGAGGUCCUCAGCAUGCUGGUCGGAUCGGCGGAAGAGGACGGGUCCACGCGGAGAGGAGAAUCGGAUGACGACGACGGCCACAGCCACGAUGAUCUUGAUGCGGGUCGGAGCAUCGACUGGGAGGUUCUUCUUGCAGUGGACGCCUCCGGACGGAACCCUGCACAACAAGUUUUCGAAGAGGACGAGGACGAGGAUCUUCUGAAUACUUCGGAGUACGAGAUCUUGACCGGGCAGCUUGCGGGAUACUACGACCGCUCAGGCAGGAUGGGCAGCCCGCCGGCGGCGAGGUCGGUGGUGGAGAGCCUCCCGGUGGUCGUCCUGACUGGGGAAGAUAGCCUUGUCUGUGCGGUCUGCAAGGAUGAGAUGUCCUUGCAGGAGCACGUCGCGCGGCUGCCGUGCUCGCAUGAUUACCAUCGCCAGUGCAUCCUUCCAUGGCUCGCCAUCCGGAACACGUGCCCUGUCUGCCGCUAUGAGUUACCCACCGACGAUCCGGAGUACGAGAAUUGGAGGGCUCGCAGGGGGGCGGGACUGGAGACGGCAAGGGACGGGUAUGACUUGGAAUCAUUUUCUGCGAUUUAGGGUUCGUAGGGGGAGUAAAGUUCCCCUUCUUUGAAUGGCAAUGGCUGAUGCUGGUGAUCCCUGAUGUUGUUGCUGAUGCAAUCGUCCCAGCGUGGGAAAAGAGAAAAAAGGAAAAAAAAAAAAGAAAGAAAAUUGAAGAAAAAGAAAAAAGAAAAGAAAAGUAGUUGCGCUGUUUUCCUAUUAUUGCGUAGAAAGGUUUUGUUGUGGUUAUUUUGGCAUAUAGAUUGUUUGAUGACGGAAACAUGUUUAAUGGCUUUGUAUAUUUACCUUGUCUUCAAUAAAUGUACAUAGCAAUUAACUUCAUCGUUCCUCGUGCACGUACUGGUAGCUGAACUUUGUUUGACGGCUAUUUGAGUUCCAGCUUGCAUUCUUGGAAAGCUAAUUGUCACAUGAUUGUUUCUUUUCAUAAAUGAUUCAAGUUUAGAUUA